AUGAAUCGCAGGCAAACCCUAGCCUCGAUCAGUGCAUCCCAGAGCAAUGUUGUCAAAGGAGGAAACAGCGCAGCUCCAGGCCGCUGCGGGAUGGAUGGUGCAGCGCUUUCUGUCAAGGGCAGGAAGAGUGUUGCGCCAGGAAUGUUGGGAGCAGGAGGCAUGUCUGGAAUAACUCUGGAGGGGCGCCCCAGCAUUGUAACCAAGACAACCGGCCCGAAGCAGGAUCCGCGUCCCUUAAGCAGCAAAGAUUACCAGAACUACUGCAUCAAGACUUUAAUUCACUACUUUACAACCCAUGGCUUCUCAUACCCUGUUUCUCCGAAAACAUUGGCAAGCCCGACCGGAAAGGAUUUCACAGCAAUCGUGACGUUCCUCAUCCAACAGCUUGAUCCAGCAACUCGGGUCCAAGGGAAAGUCGAGGACGAGUUUCCCGUCUUCCUCAAGCGCCUUAAUUAUCCUUACCAGGUCAGCAAGAGCGCUCUGUUCGCCGUCGGUGCCCCGCACUCAUGGCCGGCGGUCUUGGGAGCUCUUACAUGGGUAGUCGAGGCGCUCGAGUACAAGGAAAAAGGCAACAGCAGCCAGGGCGGCAAUCAUGUGGAGGAGAUGAUGGACUACGUCGGGGAAGGGUACCACUGCUUCAUGCUGUGCAACGAUGCUCGUAGCCAAGAACUUGACAGGCAGUUCGCUGAGAAGUUCCAUAAGGAGGAGGCGGAGCGGGGCGCACGCUACGAGGAGUUACGCAAGGAGAACGAGCAGCUUGAGGAGGAGCUGGCGCAGCUGCGCUCACUCCCUGAUCCAGUGGACCUAGCAACGGAGCAAAACAGGGAGCAGACGGUCAUCUGCGAGAAACUUGAACUUCUAGUACAACAGGACCAGGCCCUUAACCAGGCCGCGCUCCGCAAGCUGUCUGAGAAGAAGAUGGACGUUCAGACGAAGCAGGAGCAGAUUGCCGCUGCGGAGGCCGAAGUGGAGAAGCUGCGUCACAGCGUAGCGAGCCAGCCGGUCAGCAAGGCCGACGUCAACCGUAUUCUGCUGGAGCGCAAAAAGCUAGAGGAGCUGGUGGCGACUGAGGCAGCUCAGUGCGAGGAGAUGGAACGCGCAAACCACGAGAUGGAAAUGCAGGCUGAAUUUUGUAACCUGGACCUGAAGGGCGUGGUGAAGCCCAACUUGGAGCGUCUCCGCGAUACCUACCUCACGCGCGCGAAGCAGCUGCAUCAGGAUCUAACCGGCCUUCAGGAGGCUUGCAGCGCACGUACGGAGAGCACCGCGGAAAAGAAACAGGAAAUCGCUGCUCUCCAAGCAGAAAAUGCCAAGCUGGAGGCGCAGUUGCAAGCGACCAAAGACUUCUAUGACGAGAAAUGCAGGAAGCUCACGGCGCAGGCGGACAGAAUCAAGGCGCUGAUUGAGGAGUCUUGCAGUGAGGCGGUCAACCGAACGGAGCACAUGGAGUCGCAAAUCUCGCGAGCCCAAAUGCUGUACGAGCAAGGCAAGAGGGAGGGUGAAGGGGAGCUGGCCAAGCUGGAGGCGGACUAUAAGCGAGCGUUCCACCUGAUGGCCACCCAUAAGGAGUUCGUAGCCGGCACCAUCUCCCGCACGGUAGCUACCGUCCGCCAGGUUAAAGGCGAGAUCGCAGAGCUUCACAGUAUUAGUAUGAUGGCAUGA